AAAACAUUCUCGGAACCCUCUAUAAAUAGCGAUGACUCGUGACACGGUUAUUCCGUAUUCAACCAAAUUAUAAAAUGGAGGUAUUUGCAAAGUCACGAUCAUUUAUGAUGUUAAGGUGGCUCGAGGGUGUUCUUAAAAGUAAAACUCACAAUGUGUACGGAAACUUGCCUUUUACCCACAUUCAAUCUUAAAUAUAACCGGGGCUGUCAGAGAAGAAUGGCCGCAGUUUACAGAAGUGAACAGCUUCAAACGGAGGUGAACAGACUUGAGACUUUCAGAAGAUGGCCCUUGAGACGGCCGCUGCCUCUGGAUUUAGCGCGAGCUGGGUUUUACUAUUCAGGGAGCGCAGAUGAAGUUCGGUGUGCUUUUUGUGAUGGUGUGUUAAAGAACUGGAAGUGUACGGAUGAUCCCUGGACAGAACAUAACGUGAAGUUUCCUCACUGCCUGUUUGUUCAGCAUAAGGCUGAUUUUGUUGAGAGAUAUCGCCCCAAACCAACUGGAAUAACCAAGUAUAUAGAUUUUACAAAGGAAGAAAAUAGACUAAAUAGCUUUGUAAACUGGCCGAACAGUCGACAAAGCCCAGAAUCUUUAGCACGUGCUGGUUUUUAUUAUCUCAGCAAUGGGGAUAUGGUGCAAUGUUUUGCUUGUAGAUGUAUUCUUAAGUUUUGGGAAAAUGAGGACGAUCCGUGGAUUGAACACGCCAAGUGGUCUCCAGAUUGUCAAUACCUUCAGAUGUGUUUAGGAAAAGAUAUUUUUGGUGAUUCACAAUCUGCACAAAGACAGAACACUAGAACUACACUGCGUACAGAAACUUCCACCUCCCAAACAGAAACAGGUCAUGUUCAAAUGAACCAUGGUGCAUCUACUUCUUUAGCACCCGUACCAGCAGAAACGUGCUCGGGAGAAUCCCCGUUGAUUCUGGCUGUUCUAGAUAUGGGUUUCACACCACAGCAGAUAGAGGCUGCCUGUCGGGAACGAAAUCUGAAUAAUGAACCGGCGUUUGCAUCAUCCGAAGAAAUGUUAUCGUUUUUAAUGGAACAAGGGGAAAAUGAAUUUGAAACCAGGAAUGAAGAUUUUGGUGCUCUAAAGGAGGAAAAAGUUUCCAUGAAAGUCAGUUCUAAAGACAGUAAUUUUAGUGAUGAUCAGUAUUUGUGCAAGAUCUGUAUGGAUAGUGAGGUGGCCAUUACGUUUAUACCAUGUGGUCAUCUUGUAUGUUGUUUCAAUUGUGCUAAAACUCUUUCUCUGUGUCCUAUUUGUAGAUCCAGCAUAACCGAUAGAGUUCAGACUCACUUCUCAUGACUUAUAUAUAUAACAACAUCAAACCCUACUGAUUAUAAAGUGACAGCAAAGAAAUAUAAAUCAUGAAUAUUCAGAAAUUGCUGUCUUUAGAGACCUGGAUGGACCUACAUGUAAAUCGCUUAAAAUAAAAUGAUGAUAAAACAGAAUCCAUCAGUUAAUAACUACUAAAUUAAAAAAUGAAAUGUUAUAUUGUAUAUUUAUAACCUUACAUUUCAGUGGCAUAUUAUGUUGUUACCCUGUCUGUAGAGGCUGUAGUUUUCGACGAAUUCAUUUCAAAUAGCCAAAUACUUAUGGCUAUAGAUUUUAACAUUUCUUUCAAAUUUGGUGGGAAGGAUGAACCCUAUCUUUAUUAAGCAUUCUGCGACUUUCCGUUCCGGAGUUUUUCGUCCCAUCUGAAUGACUAGACAGCUGUCCUUGUCAGGCUCUCCGUCCUGCACCACACUGUAAAUAAUAUUUGUGUAUUUUUACCAUAAAUUGACUGGCAGAAAGUUACCAGUAAAUUGACUGUAUUUUAACACUGACUAGUAAAUUUACACCUAAGUGGUAGAUUUAGAUUUACAAACAGCAUGUAAAUUUACCGUGAGUUUUAAAUAACUUGUUCUUGUAAAUAGAAAGUGAGGUAAAUUUACGUUCACUGUAAAUUUACACUGUGGUUGUAAAUUUACCUCAAAGUUAUAUAACACGCACUGUGAAUUUACACUGUGAUUGUAAAUUUACCUCAAAGUUAUUUUACACUCACUGUAAAUUUACAUGGGUGUUUAUAAAUCUAAAUCUGCCAUUUAGGGCUACAUUUAAAUUACAAGUCAGUGUUAAAAUACAGUGAUUUUACUGUCAGUUUUCUGCCAGUCAUUUUAUGGUGAAAAUGCAAUUUGAAGUGUAUAUUUACUUGAAAUAUACUUUGAUAGUGUUUGUCCCCACUCGGCUAGGUAGUCCUAGGUUAGAUCCUGGCGAACACAUAAAGGUUUGCUGACCUUUCAGCUGAGCAUGCAAAACAUCAUUCGACAAUGGAAAUAAAAUAAAUGAAAUGAGGUUUAACGUCCUACUGUUCUCCUUACAAUGGAAAGAGUAGGAGGCAUGAAACGAAGCAAAAUGUCCCAGACAACCCUAUGUAUGGCAUAUGCCUGUCUUUAUUAGCCAGUUCGUUGUAUUCAGAUUUUGAAUAACCUAUUUCUCUAAAAUAGACUAAUCUGACUGAUAUAACAGUAAAUAUUUUGCACAAAAUUCAAUAUGUGGUCGAAGGGGAAUACCCGUUUUGAACACUAUUUGACAGUAAAUUUACAGUUUGUUGUAAAAAUACUAUUUCAAAUGGCAUUUCUGUUAAUAUUUAGCUCACAUUAUGUAAACUGACAUACAUGUAUGGUUGUAUUUUUACAUUAAGAUUGAUGUAAUCUUUAGUCUUACAUGUGGCCAAAGAGGGAACAACCGAUGUGGCCACUAUUUGAAAGUUAAUUUACAAUUUGCUGUAAAAAUAAUAAUUCAAAUGGCAAUUCUGUUAAUAUACAGCUCACAUAAUGUAAACUGACAUAUGGUUGUAUUUCUAUAUUAAGUUUGAUGUAAUCUUACAUAAGCUUUGUAUUCAUAUGCAUUUACAUCGUUUUAAAGGACAAUAUUGGUGCCAGUUGGAAGUGACAAACGCCAAAGGAAAACACGAGUCAUCUCUCUAUAUAACUGACUGAUGCGACGAGUGAUAACAGAUACACGGCCGGAUUUCUGCUCACUUAUAAUUCCUUCGAAGACCAAAAGUUGUUAUAUGGGACUGUAAGAGGAUACCUGACCAUUCAAUAAAGUAAUUGAAUGUCAUUAGAUAAGAGAACACGAGAAAAAUAGAAAUAGUCCGUACAUUCCCUUGUUUAUAUUCAUUCUAUACCUUAUAAAAACAUGGUAAUGCACGGACAUUUUCUGUUUUUCUUUCGUGUUCACUUAUCUAGUGGCAGUCAAUUCUUUUUAUGAAUUGUCAGAUAUCCUCUCACAAUCUCGCACAACAACUUUUGGUCUUCGAAGGAAUUAUUAGUGAGCAGAAAUUCGCCCGUAUAUCCGUUAUCACUCGUCACAUCAGUCAGUUAUAUAGAGAGAUGACUCGUGUUUUCCUUUGGCAUUCGUCACUUACGAUUCAGGAAACCUGUAUUACUCAGCUAUCGUAGCAAUGAUCUCUGUGUUAAAAUUAUAUUAGGAAUGUGUUUAACCAGCUCUAUCACAUAUGUGAUAAUGACUGGCACCAAUAUUGUCCUUUAAAUGUAAAUCUAACAACCUAUAUAUGUGAUAUUACAAAUCGGACACUGUAUUUUAAAUAUACUUAUAACUGUAAAUAUGCAUAUAAUUUUAACAGUUUAAUAGGGAUCUUUUACGUGCUCACCAACGUAUACACAGGACCUCAGUUUCUCGUCACAUCCGAACGACUAGACAGCUAUCCUUGUCCGGCCCUUUGUCCUGCAUCACUGACAUGGUGGAACUUUCUCGGCCAAUGCAAGGAUCGAACACCCAACCCCCAGGCUAGCGAGUCAGCGUCUUACGCACUUAGCCACUGUGAAACUCUCAUAAGUGGACUAUAGUAUGAAGCCUUAAAAGCUCUAUCAAUGUUAAAGUUCUAAAGCAAUGUAUAAUUACACGUUUCCUGUAAUUGUACACAAAUCCCGUAUGUAAACAUGUUUGAAUUGUAGAAUUACCGAUAAAAACAGUUCAAGUGCAACAUACAUGUACUUUUAACCAACAUAGUUAUAUCAAUACAGAUUACAUGUAAUAAAAAUACAGUUCUAACUUGUAAAACUAUACUUUUAUUGUUAAUUUACCAAUUAUUUACAGUAAUCCCAUGUUACCUCACUAAUACAGUAAAUUUAUAGUAUAAAAACAUGCAGUGGUAUUUUUACCGCGUUAUGUUAAAGAAAUUACAUACUUUUGACUGUAAUUUUACAUUUAUGUUUUACAGUGCACUGACAAGGGGAAACCAUGCCGGAAAAUUCCGAUGAACUUUCUCGUCCAAUGCAGGGUUCGAAGACGCGAGCCAGCGUCUAACACACUUAGCCAAUGUGGCUCCCAAUUUUGUUGGAUGCAAUGGGUUCAUAAAAGGAUGAACCUAGAGAUUAGAUUUUUUCAACAUCUAUUUUUCCAGCCGGAUAAGUGUGAUGGGGAUAUAUUCGUGCAUUUAUUCGUUCGUUCCUUAGCCAUCGUGGCUCCCAAUUUGGUUGGAAGCAAUGGGGUCAUUAGAGGAUGAACCUGGAGAUUAGAUUUCUUCAAUAUCCAAGUAUUCUAUUCGAAUACGUGUGAUGGGGAUAUAUUCGUGCAUUUAUUUCAUUCUCUUUUUAUUAAUUCCUUCAUUCUGUCAUUUAAUGUUCAAUGUUGUUUUGAUAACGUAUUUAAAUUUCGACGGAUUUCUUUCAAUUCCAAUUAUACCGGAAACUAUUAAUCUUGUUUGAUUAGAGCAGAUUCGGUAAUAGUAAUAUUACUGUCUCUAUACGCGGGGCUGGAACUAAAUACAAGAACAACUGGUCAGAUUUGUAAAAAGUUUAUAGUUAGUAAACGUAACUCAAAAUAUGAAUAAUAAAAAUACAGUAAAUAUUACAAAAUAAUUUUAUUGAAUAUGUAUAAGUUAUGAUAUCAUGUUAGAAUUAAAAUAACAAUUAUUAUUUAUUAUUCUUAGAAACUUGGCUUUAUAUACCUUUGAUUCCCAAAUCUAUCGAAACACGUUACUAACUUAUUAACAAACCUACCAGUUACCCCAAUACCAUUACGUAAAGUGGUUAAUCCCCAACAAUUCUAAUUACUAUAUUAUUUCGUCGAUUAUCACUAGAACAGAACAGUAGUUAUAGUACUUAAAUAUGCAAAUUUCAAUGAACCCUUUUCGGGUGAAAAUGUACAAUAUAAUAAUAGUUUUAAUCGUAUAAGCUUAAAGAGGCAUUAUUCAAGAGCUAAAUCUGUCUAUUGCAGGUCUUUCUUUGGGCCUUAAAUGUUUUAUAAAUUAUAAAUUAGACAUUUACUAGCACAAGACAUAAUCAAAUGUCGAUGUCAUUGCAGGGUCGAUGCCACACCCACUUUUUUAUAUUAAUUUUUUGUCUGUAAAUACUUUACAGGUUGCAAUUAUUAACAGAUUUUAUUCAAAUUCAGCAUAUCAAUCAUAUCAAUAACAGGGUUGUACCUAUUUAUAUUGUUCCAUCUCCAACCCCCAGGGGCAGAGCCACGUCCAAUUUUUGUGUUUAUUGUCUACGGGCUGCAAUUCUGAAUGCAUCUUUUGUUAAUUGUGUAAAUUUAAUUUAGUCAUUAAAUCCUUCAAGAUUAUAGGCUUUAUCCCGCCAGGGGAGUCACUCUGUCAAACAUGAUUUUCUGUGUUUUUGAUAUUUACUGUUUUCGGGUAUUAAACAGUUUAUAGGAUAGUUCCAGGGUAUGGCUAAAUCCGACGAUUUUCACUGCAAGCUGCAGUUGAUACAAAACUGCUGUGCGUAACUAUCUUUAAUGCUACAUUUAGCGUUUUCCUAUAAAAGAGAAAAGCCGCCUUUAUUAUCCCGGUUGGGUCUAAAAGUUAGGACGUUUAACAGCAUUUCAUUUCAUAAAUAUAAAGUUGAUUUUAUUAGUUAUUAUUCAUACAGUUAUAAACUACACGUAGUAUUGUUUUGCAUAUUGUAUUUAUGUUUAAAUAUCUAUAAAAUUUCAAAUUGAUCAGA